GAGAUCUCAGUGGGAAGAAGAAGAAGAAGUGAGAGAAGGAAAAACACGAAAAUUGUUUUCCUUCCUACGUGUAGUCUUUGAAAAAAAAAUUACUAGGCUUUUGCUUAGUUCUCUUGUAUCAUUAGUGAGUCUAGUCGUAGAUAAAAAAAUGUCUGUGUUAAGUGAACAGAACUGUGAUGUUCAUCUGCACGCGGAAAUUGAGGUGCUGAAGCAGGCGCUAGCUGAGAAGCAGACUCAGCUAAUUGCAAUGGAAACAGCCUGCAUGCGUGAGAGCGAUCGACAGGUAGAACUCGAGGAUAGCAUAAUUGCAUGGCAGGACAAGUAUGACCGCCUAUAUGAGUCCCAUAAGCGCGUUCAGAAAGUCAAUCAAAAUCUCGAAGAUAAACUGCUCAAGUUGGUAGAUAGGAAUGCAAGUGAGAGAGCACAGCUUACCAGCGAUGUGGCUACGCUCAGUGUCCGACUUGCUCAGGCCAACUACAACAUAGCCAGUCUUCAGAGGGAAAUUGAGCGCUACAAAAUGGAUAUGAGCUUAGCAAUUCAACUGCUGCAGUGCAAGCCAGAUAGUUUCGUAUCACAGAAGAUAUCAUCGCUUCCGGCAGAAAUUCAAUCAAAGGUAGCAUCUUACAUGCGUCUAGAUACAAAUUCUCACUCAGACUCAGAAGGAAGCACAAGUGGAGCCAUAGACGGAACAUCGAGGUCCUACCGUGUCCUUCCAGCUUCAGACAGCCCCCCACCACUCUGUCCUUUUCCGCCCACUGCAAUGGUGUACUCAAUGCGCGGAAUUGGUAAGUAUGCCGCCCAAAGUCCAGAGGGACAAGAUCAAGUGAUCACGCCAUCGACAAUGGCUAAAUUUCUCGAGGAUGAGCUCAAAUCGAGUGAGAUAAAGCACUGUGAGAGUUGCCAAUGUACCACAAAGGAUCUCACUGUACUACCGGAUACGCAGAAAACAUACACCGUCGGUACGCAAACUCUCCUCCAUGGGGAGGCUAAUAAUUCUCUGUGUUUGCGCUGCAACAGCAACCUCAACUCACCAUCUCGCACCAAUAGCCCCUAUAUCAUGAAGCUGGUCAAGUCCAGCGAUAGUGUUAUUAGCGAAACAAAGAGUAGUGUAUCUAAUUCCACGCAAAAUGAGAAACUCUUCACGCCCGUAAAGAAGGAGGAACUUAUGGUUAAUCCCAUUCUUGGGCAUCAUCGUAUUUGCGAUCGUACGAGUCUCAAGAGUCCAAUGGAACCACUUACGGAUCCAGCAGAUGUUGCUGAAGCGGAUAAAAGUGCAGCUGCUUUGCCACAAACACCAGAUAUGAAGACACCCAAGUCCAUUAGUAGUCCGGAUAAGGGGGCUGGUACGAUGGGUAGCACAAAUAGCUUAUGGAGCAAAACCAGCAGUUCAGAGGGCAACAAAAUGUUUGAAACAUUUAAUAGGAAUCUUAUUAAAACCAUUAAGUCUGAAAAUCCAAAGAUAAAUGGGCCACGUCUGUGCUCGGUGCGCAUUCAGAAUGGCUCAACGAAUAUUCUAUUGAACGGAGCUGAGGCCAGCGUAGUGCCCGUCGUAUAUACGCGACGUUCACGCUUCUUGGAUGAGGAGCUGGAUGACACAAAGGAAGUGAUCACGACGCAGGAAGGUACCUGCGAUACAGCAAAAAUAUCCAUGGUGAUGGCAAAUGGGAACAAAACGGACUCGGAAAAGUGUCUCGAAGUAGCGCAAGGUGAAGAUGGGAAGGAUAUAAAGAAAUCCAUGAAAUCUACGGGAACGCAAUCGAGUUCAGUGUCGAGUGACACGGAAAUGCAGGAGACUGUCCUCCUGCGACGACAGCAGCUGACUCGCGUUGCGGAAUGGGUUCAAACGACACAGCUGGAUAGAAGGAUACCGUCGGAUGCGUCUCCAGGUGUAAAUAACAAUGUAGAAGCACAGCCAGAAGCAAUGCACGUGAAAAUUCACUGUGAUGAGAAGAAGAUUGUGGAGGAGGAGCAGGGCACGGGGCAUGAGGCGGAGUGCACGAAUGGGAAUGAGAGGGUGCCCAAGACCGUGGAUUUUGCCCAAAUGGAGUACAAUGUGAAGCAAUUUCUGCUGAAGCAGAACGAAUGGUCAAUUCACAACAAACAAGCACCAAUUCUCAAUAAACCGCACAGAACUGAAACAAAUCUGUAGGACGUCCCAAUGUGGUAGUUGAUUCUCAAAAUCCGCAUUUACUUGUGAAUUUCUAAACUGACCACAUAAAAAGACUUCCAAGUUAGGAUCCAAUUUAGUUUUUUUUUUUUCAUUCCGCAAGUAAGCAUUCCCACAAUCCUCGCAUUUUACAAAUAUAAAUUUUAUUUUUUAUAAUUUUAUUGUAUUUUUUUUUGUUAUUUAGUGUAUAAUUUAGUUAAUUUUUUAAUUUUAUUUUUCUAUCAAUUACAUCAUUUUUUGUGAUUUUGGAAUUCAAGCUUUGAUUUUUCUAAGCUUGAAUUCUUUAGGAUAUUAUGGAUUUUAUCAUUUAUACCAAAACCAUCGUGUGAAUAAAAAUUAAUUAGGUACCCAUCUUUUAUUUUAUUUAUGCGCACAUCUAAUGCCCAAAAAUAAAUUUUUAAAAUUUGUUUUUAUUAAAAAAAAAACAUUUUGUUUAUUUUCUAAUGUUUCUUUUUUAGAAAAAUACUUUUAUUUAAGAACUUAUCUGAAUUUUUUAAGAAGAAACAAUUUUUCAAUCACAGUUGAUGCAUAGCUUCAAAUCACAAUAUCGCUGAUUGCAAAAUAAUGGCAAUGAAAAAAUACGCGACGGAGAAAAUCCAAGAAAAAAGGAAAAGUUUUUGGCGUGAAUUAUAUUCUUUUAAUUUGUGAGCUUCCAAAAUGUAUUUAAAAGUUUUUUAAUGAGAAAAAAAUGAAUCAUUUUUGCCAAAUUUAAAGAAAAAUAUAAUUACCUAUUCCACCUCUGUCUUCCUCUUUUGAUUUUCACGCAAAACUUAUUUCGCGAAGAUUUUUUUUAGAAUGAAAAUUAAAAAUCGUUUAAUCUUAAUAUCGCAAAAAUAUCAUUGUAGAAAAAAAAACUUUUGAGCAUAUAAUUGGCUUUAUCCUUCCGAAAGGAUAAAAGCUAAAAAAAAAGAAAAGUUAGAAGGAUAUUACAUCACAAAGACGAAGAAAGGUGUUCUCUGCAACAUACUCAAAAGACAUUUAAUAUUAAAAAGCAAGAAGAUGAAAAAAA